GAGUCAGUGUACUGUUUGUAUAGAGAUGUAGUCAGUAGUCUGCAGUCUGUACGCGAGUGUUGAUUUACUGAUGCAAAAUAUUCAAAAGUAACCUAAAAUAGGAUCUUUGGGUAGACGGGUAGUUUACAGUGUGUCAGUGUCGAAUGUAAACAGUGAUCACUAUUGUGACACAAGUAACAUAAGAGUUUAAAUUUAUGUUAUUAAUUCAUUUCCCAUAGGUGGAGAGUGUAAAAUUUACUUUUUAUAGCAAAAUGGUUAGCGGUGCACCUGACCACGGUGUACAAGCCGACGUAGUGUUUGUAAUCGAGAGCACUGCGAGCAAUGGUGCUUACCUCAAUGAAUUCAAAACCAAUUAUAUUAUGCCCACUUUAGAAUAUUUUAGUCAAAGCAGUGUAGAAGAAAAAAGAGAUUUUACCUCAGAGAAUUUGAGCCAAUAUGGUGUUGUAAAUUACAAUGCAUCAGAUAUUCUACCAUCUCCUAUUUCAAAUGCAUAUGGGCCUUUUUCGAAUGCAAAUAAAGUUUUACAAACAUUAGAUAAAAUUGAAAUGAUUGGUGGUAAAGGAGAAUCUUGUGCUAAUUUAGCUGAAGGUCUUUCAACAGCGCUACAUUGUUUUGAAGAUUUGCAAGUUCGAAGAGAGCCAAACAUUGCUUCACAAAAGCAUUGUAUUUUAUUUUGCAACUCACCUCCUUAUUCUGUUGCUGUCCAAGAAUCUUACACCUAUGCAGGCUACACAAUUGAGCAACUGUCAUCAUUAUUCCAAGAAAGAAACAUCCACUUGUCUAUUCUCUCUCCUCGUAAAAUUUCAUAUCUCUUCAAAUUAUUUGAAAAAGCUGGUGGCGAUCUGCAAUCAUGUCAAACAAAAAAUUAUGCCAAAGAUCCACGUCAUUUGGUACUACUAUGCAACUACAGUUUGAAAGAAUCGCCAGUUAGUCAAAACAGUGCUGCUACUGCAGCCGCAGCUGCUGCUGCUGCUGCUGCCGCUGCAGCGGCUGCUGUCACCGCUAAUGGUCCAGCGAAUCCUGCACAGAUGGCUAUUAGCCCAUUACAAGGCAAUGACAGUCCUAAUCCCAAUCAAAUUGUAACACAAAAUCAAGCUCAGCCACAGCAAAAUCAGCAAAAUAAUCAGUUCCGUCCUCAAACACCACAAGCAGUGCAGCAAGCUCAGGCAGCAGCUGCAGCAGCAAGGGCUCAGUUCAAUCCUCAAAUACAGGCUCCACCCAACUAUCCAAGACCUACACAACGGUGGAUGAGACCACCAUACAUGGGUGGACCAGGUCAAGGUGCACCAGGAGGUACACCACCUCAGCCACCAACAAGUCAAGGUAGUGCACUCAUAGCACAAUUGCAACAACCACCUUCAGGUCUUGGAAUUAAUGUGCAGCCAUUCAAUCAGAGAAUGGAGGGUCCCAAUACUGGAAUGAAUGCAAAUUCUCAAGUUCAGCAGCAACAACAACUAAAUCAACAACAAUUACGCUUAAACAUGCAGUUACAACAGCAACAACAAAUAAACCAACAAAUGAAUCAGCAGCAACCAACUCCUCAGCAGCAAAAUUCUGUGCAACAACAAAAUGCUCAACAGGCUCAAAUGAACUUGCAACAACCAAGUACCCAAAAUCAAAUUAAUCAGCAAAUGAAUGUAACAAGUAUGAAUCCUGCAAUAGCAUCCCAAAUGCCUGUAACAUCUACACAUGGCUCAACAACUCCAGUUAAUCAAAAUAUGCAACAGAUAAAUAUCCAAUCUGGAGAUAGAAUGGUUAUAUGGAAAGGUCUUCUUGAGUGGGUAGAAAAAAGUAAACCUGAACAGCAAAAACAAGUCUGGCAAGUACCUUGUCAAGUUUCUGCCACAACAAAAGAUGGAGAACCUGAAGUUAAGGCAGAAUCAUGGCCAAUAAAGUUAAUAAUGCAGCUGAUGCCUCGAGUACUGAUUGGUAAUAUUGGUAAUGCAUAUUUAAAAAAUUCCAAAUCAGUUGUAUUCUAUCCUACGCCCUGUGAUGCAUUGGAAUCAUUGAUUAAAGUUAUGUCUACGGGAUUUGCAGGCUGUGUUCAUUUCACGUCAACACCUACCUGCAAUAUAAAAGUGUUACUACUUUUAUACACUGCUGAGAAACGAACUUUCCUUGGUUUUAUUCCGAAUGAUCAACAAGCAUUUGUUGAUAGACUGAGAAAAGUUAUUCAACAGCAAAAAAGUACUCAUGCAAUGGUUCGACAACCAUCGAAUUUACCGCAAGUACCAGGAGCAGGACCUGGUUCUACUGGUAAUAACGCAAUGCCAGGUGCAGUACAGAAUUCGGGUAUAUCUCAAAGUGGAAUAAUGAUGUCUCAAACUCAAAAUACUAUAACAAUGGGAGGUGGAAACCUCACACAAAAUGUUAUGUCCAACAGUAAUAUGACACAACAAUCACUAGUUCAAUCAAAUGUUCAAUCCAAUCAAUUGAAUAUACAAGGAGUUGGUAUGUCUGGAGGAGCUGGUGGACCUCCGGGACAAAUGAAUGCAGCUGUUGGUGGAAUGAUGGGACAACAACAGCAACAACACCUUAAUAUGGCAAGGCAACAAAAUUUGUUGAACAUCCAUCAUCUGCAGCAGACUUUAGAGGCCGCUCAACAACAAGAGGCCCAAUAUAAGUCGCAAAUGGAUGUUGUCAACAAUGUAAGGAUGUUACAACAAAAUCUUGACCAUGCACAAGCACAAGAAAUGCAGUAUAAACAGUUGGAGGCCCAACAAGCUCAGAGAGCGGGAAUGAAUACUGCACCAGGAAUGCAGGCUCCCCAACCAAAUGCAUCAAGAAUGAUGAGACCAAUCAUGAAUAAUGCUCUAGGCCUACGACAUUUAUUACAACAGCAACAGCAGCAGCCUCAAUAUCGGCAAGUGCUUGGCAUGCAACAACAAAUGGUGGGACCACGAGGACAAAUGGCUCCGCGACCAAUGGGACCAGGAAAUAUGCAAAAUCAGCAAUUUGAUCCUAAUGAAGUGUCGAACUAUGAUUUUCUUAAUGGUUAAAAAGAGCUCAUUAUAAUGCACGCUGGCAUAAAUAUUGUAAAAAAUCAUGAAUUGCUUAAAAGUGAUUUUGAAAUUUUAUAUUAAUCUAUAGAAAAUGCAUAAAAACUCCUGCAUGUUACUUUAUGUAUUAUUACAAUAUGAAUAAUAUAUUUUGGUUUACCAUUUCGAAAACUUGAAAUGGUACAACAAUUACUUAUGUAAAUAUAAUUUUAUAUAUAAAUAGACUGAAAUUUUGAAACUAUAUUUAUACACGUUUACAAGCUUUUGUGUAAAGCUUGUAAUAGAUAAUAAAAAUUCGUAAAAGUUAAUGAUUUCUGUAGAGGUCAUCGAAGAUAUCUUAAGAUUGUUUUUAAUUCAUUUUUUAAAUUAAAUUUAAACAAGAGAAUGGAAGAAAUGAUAGUAAAUACAAAUUUUGUACAAUA